UACGAGGCUGGUGCUGUGGUCAUCUAUUUUUUGAAUGUUAGAAACGAACGAAGAAUCUUGUCACUGACGCAGUUUGAAAACGACAAAAAGGACAUUUAUCUAUUUACCCCUGGAGAUGAUGACGGUCUGGUCUCCAAGUAAGAAGUUUCAAUGAAAAUAUCAACCCCCCCCCCCCUUUUUUUCCCUCUCUUUUUAAGAACAAUAAAAUGUUCUCUUCCAUCUGGUGCCGAGACCAGGAUCUCUAACUUACCUGGUAUUAUACAGGUGUCGCGUCGCCAUUGAAUGGCGAGCUUUGUCCCAGUGUUCUGACAGUUGACCUGGCAUUGCCCAGGUUUACGUCGCCAUUUAAUGGCGAGCUGUGUGUCAGUGUUCUGACAGUUGACCUGGCAUUGCCCAGGUUUACGUCGCCAUUGAAUGACGAGCUGUGUGUCAGUGUUCUGACACGGUGGGGGUUAACCUCAAAUAUCUUCCGCAAAUGUGUUGAUGUUUGGCUAUUUAUAGCUCUUUUUGUACCGUAUAUACUAACACAUAGAGAAUACAUCGCACUAGAGCAGGGGUCGGGAGCCUAUGGCUCGCGAGCCAGAUAUGGCUCUAUUGAUGGCUGCAUCUGGCUCGCAGACAAAUGUUCGAUUGUUUAAAAAAAGUGGUAAGAAAUACUCAUUAUUGAUUAGCAACAGCAUAACAAUGUUAUUAAAAAGAAUGCAUAGACAUAAUUAUUGCAUUUUUAGUGUUGAAAUUACACAAAAUGCACACAUUUACUUGAAUUUUUAGUUUUAAACAUAAUGUAUGGCUCGCACAGAAUUACUUUUCAAAAUAUGUGGUGUCCAUGGCUCUCUCAGACAAAAAGGUUCCCGACCCCUGCACUAAAGGUUAGGUCAAACUAGAGGUUAGGUCACACUAGAGCUUAUGUCACAGUAGACAUGAGGUCACACUAGAGGUUUGGUUGCGCUAGAGGUUAGGUGGCAUUAGAGGUCAGGUCACACCAGAGGUUAGGUCGCAGUAGGGAUUAGGUCCCACUGGAGGUUUUGCUGCGCUAAAGAGUAGGUCGCACUAUUGGUUAGGUCACACUAGAGUUUAGGUCAAACUAGAGGUUAGAUCAUAAUAGAGGUUAGGUCGUAAUAGAAGUUACGUUGCGCUAGAGGUUAGGUGACAAUGGAGGUUAGGUCGCAAGGACUCACCAGAGGUUAGCUCUCAUCCUUAGGGGAGUUAAUUGCCCUUUUUAAAUGUAAAUAUAUAAUCAACAUUUGUCGGAAAGACGUCACAAAAGAAUUUUCUAUAUUAACUUUCAAAACUGAAGAGCAAUUGUCAUUCACUGUGUCAUCAUUAAUAGCUUUUGUUAUUUUCAAAACGUAUUGUCUCUGCUCGAGCGAAAACGAUUUUUCAAAUUUUAAACUCUAGCCAUAGGCAAAUUUAACUAAAUAAUUAAGAGGAAACUUGACUCUUGACGAGCGCCCCCCCCCCCCCCCAACACUUAACACUUCCUUUCUUCCCUCUCUUGAACAUGUUUAUUCUACGAUCUUGUCUUAAAAACAUCGGCUCAGGUUCGUCAAGCUGAAUGACGUAGUACUGCUGAUGAAUGACACCAACCUGCCGCCGAUGCCGCCGAUGAGAGUCAGUGGGGAUGUCGCCGUGGAGGCGCGGACUUACGGAUUCAUCGUCGUCCCCGAGGCGAACCAGACUUUGUGUGUGGACUACUUCAAGUCACGCUAUCCCCCUACCAGCGGCACUGGGACUGCGGCGAGCGAAAACCCGACCAUGCACUCUGACGCGCACUCGGGCGCAACCUCCGGCAUGGACCCGAUUACAAACCUAAUCACAGACCCAAUCACAAACCUGAUCACGGACGCGAUCACAGACCCGGGCACAGACAUGGUCACGCACCCUGACGUGAACUCAAACGCAACCGGUGGCACAAGCCCCAUCACAAAACGAACCACACACUCAAUCACACACCGAAUCACAGACCCAAUCACACACCCAAUCACAAACCCAGUCACUGACCCGGACACACACCCGGGCACGGACUCGAUCACAGACCCAAUCACAAAAUCAAAGACCACGUCCAACACUGCCGUGCACCGGACGGAUAAAAACUGCUCUCCUUCCAAGAGAUUUAGUUCACUGUGGUUGUUGGUGUCUUACAGACUUUCACUUAUCUUUUAG